UCCACAGGCCUCUCCACUCGUUUACACACAAUGAAGUUUUCCGCCCUCACUCUUAUCCCGGCCGUGCUGGCGCUUGCCACCACCGCUCUUGCCAGUGUUCGUGUUCGCAUGUACACUGUCUCCACUUCGACUGCUCUCAACGAUCUCGAUCUCGGUUCGCAGCUCGAGACUGACGGCGAGGGUUACAUAUUCUUGGGCAACCACGGUGGUCAGUUCUACUACUACGAUGUCCUGAACACCUCCUUCCACUCCGACGCUACCUUCGGCGAUGUCUACUACUUUGCCAUCGAGGACAACAUCGUCAAGUACACCACCGACACCACCAAGGCCAUUUCCAAGUGGACUUACAGUGCUACUCUCUUCUACAACUCUCUCACUCUCUACUGGUAUGCUUGCACUGCUCAGGAUGAUCCGGCGGGAUACAACGAAGGCCAGUACUUGCUCAUGCACUACGGCUUCGGCGCGACUGUUCCCAAGACUUGCACGAGUAUCACCGUCAAUGUUCUGGCGAUCUAAGAAAUCUGCUUAAUGAGCUUCAGUUUUGUUCUCUGUCGCACGCAGACGAAUGGAAUCUAUAGAUUAAGCGGGUUCGGGAUAAGACGGAUAUAACCUUGAGGGUUUUUGGGAUUUCUUUUUUCAGGCUUUGUUAGUAAUUUGCGCAGACCAUAUUCCUCAUUUAAUACCAAUGUAUUUACUUCUAUCGUGAUUUUACUCCCUCGUAGAUGUUCAACGAGCAAUUGUUGUAAUGAAUGAGUUAAGAGCGUAUGACUUGGACGAACGAGACAAUG